AUGAGCCUAAGCCCAGAGAGGAUCUCGUCCUACCGCCGUCACUUUGAGGACACUAGUAGCUCAUCCUACCAAGUCCGAGUGUCCAGCCCAUCCCCCACCAGGAGAGAAGCCCGUCAUGUCUCUGCUGGCUAUGCCUGCAAAGCUGGGGCCAGCAAAGUGCGUGUGGAGUCAGUGGGACGGAGGAACAUCUCGGCUGCACGCAGGACUCGCAUGGUUGGAGCAGGUGUUAGUGCAGGAGCCAUGGUGUGUGUUGGGCCAAGUGGAGAACCUGCUAUGGAUCUGGAUGCAGCUGCAGCUGAGAACCAGGAGUUCCUCAGCACCCGAACAAGUGAAAGACAGGAGAUGAUCGUCCUCAAUGACAGACUGGCUGUCUACAUUGACAAGGUUCGAUCACUUGAGCAGCAAAACAAGCUGCUGGAAGCAGAGAUUGAGGCCUACCAAAACCGCUUUGAGAAGCCAACUGGUCUCCGGCUUUUGUACGAGGAACAGCUCAGGGAGCUGAAAAAGAUUGCUGACCAGAUGAGAGUUCAGCGGGACAUCUCCUUGGCGGCUAAAGAAUCCACAGCUGCUCAACUUGAGGCGAUCAAAAUCAAAUAUGAGGAGGCAGUGGAGCUGCGGAGGAAAGCAGAGUUAGACAUUGAAACCUUCCGUCCAGAUGUUGACAAAGCCACCUCCUCACGCAUUGCCUUGGAGAAGAAGCUGGAGCAGCUGGAAGUUGAAAUUGAAUUCCUGAAGCGUGUCCACCAACAGGAAAUAGAUGAGCUCAUGAAACAGAUCUAUGCAGCUCACGCCUCGGCUCAGAGUGCAUUCGCCCUGCCUGACCUGGCAGCUGCUAUGAAGCAGAUCCAAAACCAGUAUGACGACAUCGCAGCCAAAAACCUCCAGGAGAUGGAUUCAUGGUAUAAAACCAAGUUUGAUGAUCUAACCAGUAAGACAUCAAAGCAUGUGGAUAGGGUUCGAGGCUUCAGAGAGGAAAUAGCCGGGGCAAAGAAAGAUAUCCAAAGCAAAGAGCGGGACUUGGACUCCCUGAGGACCAGGAAUGAAGCCCUUGAGGCUCAAAUACGAGAGAUGCAGGAGAAGUACAGGAAGGAACAGGAAGAACUGCAGGCUCGGAUUGAAACCCUGCAGCUUGAGCUGAAAUCUACCAAGGAGAAAAUUGCGCUGCACCUGCGUGAGUACCAGGACCUUCUGAAUGUCAAGAUGUCUCUGGAGAUUGAGAUCACCACAUACAGGAAACUUAUUGAGGGAGAGGACCUGCGGCUCUCUGGCAUGAUGCAAACCUUGUCUCUCACCAGCUGUGGCAUGAGCGCCAUCAGUGCUGGGGUGAGCUUUAGUGCAGGAGGCACGGGUGGUGGUGGGGGAAUGAGUGGCGGGAUGAUUGGCAGUAGUAGUGUUGGAACCGUGGGGAGUGGGGUAGGAAUUGGUGGGGGCGUGGGUGCAGGAGGCAUGGGUACAGUUUCAGGCAGUGGUGCAGGAGGAAUAGCUGGAAGAGUGGGUGCUGGAGGUCCAGGCGACAAGAUGGGUCCUGCUGGUCGGGUAGGUGGGGCUGAUGUGGGUGCUGGCCAUGGGUUGGGAAGUGGGAGUCUAGGUGUUGGAGCAGGUGGGGUGGGCAUUAGUGGAGGCAGGGCUGGUGCUGGAGGUCUUGGCACUGGUGUUGGAGGUGUGGGCACUAGGGGUUUGGGCACUGGGGAUGGAGGUGUAGGUGUUGGAGGUCUUGGCACUGGUGCUGGAGGUUUGGGUGCAGGCACAGGAGGCAUCGGCGCUGGAGGUGUCGGCUCUGCUGCUGGUGGUGGAGUCACAGGUGACAGUUAUAUGAGUGGUGUUGAAGCCGGUACAGGCGGUGGCACUGCAGGUUUGGUCGGCAUGGACGGCACUGGUACAGGUGUUGGUGGAGGAAAGGGUGAUGCAAUUAGUGGAGGCAUGGACAGGGAAGGAGGUAGAGAUCCUGGAAUGGGUGGCAGAACUGGAGGAAGUGGGGGUGCAGGUGGAGGUGAUGUAGGAACUGCACUGUCAAGCGUUAGUGGAAUGGGAAAGACUGCAGGAGGGAUGGGUGGCAGCACCGGUUCUGGGAUGGGAUGUGGAACUGAUGGAUUUGAUGGCAACCAUGAGGCCUACACGGGGCAGGCUGUGGAGCUGACGGAGAGAAGGACAGUGCUCAUUAGAACGGUCAAAAAUGAGGACGACGUGCUUGAAAUGGACCACCAGGAACAAACCUACACCAUUACUGGUGCAGCCGAUGACUCUGAUGAGGAGUGA